CUUCACUCGGGAUCUAUUCUUUCUAAAAACCAUAACAGCUUACGUAGAAAGACUCCAUAUCUUUGAUCUCUACCAUGACCAUGCGAGAAUAUGCCAGUGGGGACCAAAACGCCCCCACCAGCUACGACAACAACAACAACCACCCUUAUCCACCGCAAAAUAAUAGACCUCCUAACCUCUCCUCUCAAUCCUUCAGCCCUCCGAACUCCAGUGGCUACUAUCCUUACCCUCCACCCGGUAUCAAUCCGACUGAGAAUAACUACAACUACAACUACAACCAGUCCUACCCCGCGCCGUCCGAGUGUCCGAGACCUCACAGUCCGUAUCAGCCGCAGCCAUGGGCGCAACCAUCGCCUUCACCCAGCAAUUACUACCAGCAGUCGGGAGGUGAAUCAUAUCAAUCCGCUCCGUCGGUGGGACAGCCGCCGUAUCCGUCGUAUGAAAAUUCGCGACCGAACCAAAGCAACCCCUACCCUCCGCAACCAUUUUCUCCCUCUCCACAACCCGGCUACGCUCAGCAACCCCCAGCCCCCCCUCCAUACUCUCCUCAGCCCACCGACUCGCCAAAUGCGGUACCAGAUGAGAAGGACCGAGGCUUUCUAGGUGCAGUUGCGGGUGGAGCGACCGGAGCAUACGCCGGUCACAAGGUGAAUCACGGCUUCCUGGGUGCGAUCGGGGGGGCGAUGACUGGCUCGGUCGCUCAAGACGCCAUGAGGAAGCACAAGGAAAAGAAGGAAGAGGAGGAGAGGAGAAAGAUUCAACAGCAGCAGCAACAGCAGCAGCAGCAAUGGGCCAUGGCCCAUCAAAAUCAGCCGCCGCCGCCGCCGUUCAACUCGCGCCCACCACCGGCUGAAUACCACAAGCCAGUGGAGCCGAUGCGUGGGAAUUUCUCCCUAUCGUCCCGGGAUAUCUGCCUGGAAGGGAAUGACCUGGUCGCACACUGUGGUGCCAUCUCCGGCCACAUGCGUCGAUCGUCCAUUCCGCUGAAUAACGUUCUUUCCAACCACUUUGGCAAAUUCGUUUGGGCGCGUGGUGGGAACUUUGGGGCAUCGGCUCGCAAUGUGCGACUAAUCGAGGGAGGGAAAGUUUUGGAAGCUGAACUUGCGGACGGCCAGGGAGGAUGGAAUCGGUCUUGGAUGAAGUUGGAUGAGAGGAUCUCGAACCAGGACGGUAAUCUGGUCUUUCUCGACUAGAUAGCGUGUCUCUUCAUGAUGCCUCUUAUCACGAUACCUCUGUCUUUCCCUCCCUUCUGUUAUCUUUCCUUCUUUGUAUUUAUCUUUAUAUCAGUCAUGACGAUUUAACCCUAGCUAGCAGGAAUUCAUUGAUGUUUUGUUCUUGAAA